GGCUACUGGCCAUGUGUUGCAGGAGUGAAAUUCCAGUAUGGAAAAGUGUGUCUUGAGCAAGUGCUGUGUUAGCAGUAAGUCACUGUAUGUAUAUAUACAUAUAUAAACUUUAAACCCUGACUAGUGCUUGGAUUACCAGUCACAAAGCGCCUCCAGCAAUAAAGGUUUGCAGCUUUGCUCCAGAAGUUUAAAAGAUGAGCAUAUUGCUCCUGACCUUCUCUGUUCCAAUUCUGGUUUUGAUUGGUACUUUUAUAUACUGGGUGGCAACUAAGCCAAAACCUGUCGAACCAACAUGUGAUCUUUCCAAGCAAUCUGUGCAAAUUAAGAAUAGUGGAGGUGCCAGGCGAUGUGCGCUAUUGAAGGAUGAUGAUGUGAUAUCUUACUUCUAUGAUGAUGCUCGAACGCUCUAUGAAGCUUUCCAGAGAGGUUUACAUGUAUCAGGUAAUGGACCUUGUCUGGGUUACAGGAAACCCAAACAGCCUUAUCAGUGGCUUUCAUACAAACAGGUAUCUGACAGAGCAGAGUACCUUGGAUCAGGCCUUUUACAUCGAGGGUGCAAUUCAACUCCAGACCAGUACAUUGGCGUAUUUGCUCAGAAUAGGCCUGAGUGGAUAAUUUCUGAGCUGGCUUGCUACACCUACUCUAUGGCAGUGGUACCAUUAUAUGACACUCUAGGACCUGAAGCUAUUGUAUACAUCAUUAACAAAGCUGAAAUUUCCACUGUGAUAUGUGACAAGCCAAACAAAGCUAAUACUUUGCUGGAAAAUUGUGAAAAGGACCUUACUCCAAACCUAACAACUAUUAUUCUGAUGGAUCCAUUUGAUAAUGCUUUAAAAGAACGUGGGGCAAAAUGUAGAGUCGAUGUUCUCUCAAUGAAAGAAGUUGAGGAUCUUGGAAGAGAGAACCUAAGAAAACCAAUUCCACCAAAACCUGAAGACCUGAGUCUUAUAUGCUUUACAAGUGGGACAACAGGUAACCCUAAAGGAGCUAUGUUGACCCAUGGGAAUGUUAUGUCCAAUUCAGCAGCUUUCUUCAAAAUAAUUGAGUGCACAUUUAUCCCCAGAACUGAUGAUAUUUCUAUCUCCUAUCUUCCCCUGGCACAUAUGUUUGAAAGAGUGGUGCAGACAGCACUGUACUGUAGCGGUUCCAGAGUGGGAUUCUUCCAAGGUGAUAUUCGGUUGUUGGCAGAUGAUAUGAAGAUGCUCCAGCCCACUGUCUUUCCAGUUGUGCCUAGACUACUGAACCGAAUCUACGACAAGGUGCAAAGUGGGGCACAAACUCCACUCAAGAGAUGGCUGUUGAAUUUUGCUAUUCGCAAUAAAGAAGCUGAAGUAUCCAAAGGAAUUAUUAGAAAUGACAGUCUCUGGGACAAACUGAUUUUCAACAAAGUUCAGGCUACAAUGGGAGGACGUGUCCGUGUAGUGGUAACAGGAGCAGCUCCCAUCUCCCCUUCUGUUCUCACAUUCCUUCGAGCAGCACUGGGUUGUCAAAUUUUUGAAGCAUAUGGACAAACUGAAUGCACUGCUGGAUGCACCAUCUCAAUGGUUGGAGAUUCUACUGCAGGCCAUGUUGGUGCACCAAUUCCCUGCAAUAUUGUGAAAUUAGUUGAUGUUGAGGACAUGAAUUACUUUGCUGCUAAUGGAGAAGGAGAGGUCUGCAUUAAAGGCUCAAAUGUGUUCAGAGGUUACUUGAAAGACCCAGAAAGAACAGCUGAAGCUAUAGACCCUGAUGGAUGGCUUCAUACAGGGGACAUUGGAAAAUGGCUGUCUAAUGGAACACUGAAAAUCAUUGACAGGAAGAAGAAUAUAUUUAAACUAGCUCAGGGAGAAUAUAUUGCACCAGAGAAAAUUGAGAAUAUAUAUAUUCGGAGCGCUCCUGUAGCCCAAAUUUUUGUGCAUGGAGACAGCUUGAAGUCUUAUUUAGUAGCCAUUGUGGUGCCUGACCCAGAGGUACUUCCGGAAUUUGCUGCAAGUAAAGGAUUCCAAGGCUCCUACCAAGAACUAUGCAAGAAUCCAGAAGUAAAGAAGGUUAUUCUAGAAGACAUGGUUAAACUGGGAAAAGAAGCUGGGCUAAAAUCAUUUGAACAGGUAAAAGACCUGUAUCUACACACCGAGAUGUUCAGUGUUGAAAAUGGACUCCUAACCCCAACACUGAAGGCCAAAAGAUCAGAACUUGCCAAGUACUUCAACAGUAAGAUUGAUCGUCUAUAUGAAAACACACAGGCAUAGUUGUCAAUACACAGGGAACCUAUGGAUUGUGAUCCUGUCCAUGCUGUGUGAGUGGAAGAUUCAUCCUCGAAUUGUACUAUUCUCAAUAAAGCACAUUGCAAAAAAAA